AUGUUGCACUUUUUUGUGAACAGCGGAGGUGAGGCCAAAGAGAAGUUUUGGCCAACAGUACAUUUGUGUACAGAUCAUCUACCAAAGAACAAACCUCGGUAUUGCAUGGGUGUUGGCUUUGCUGUUGACCUUGUUGUGUGCUGUGCUCUUGGAGUGGAUAUGUUUGAUUGUGUAUUUCCAACUCGAACUGCGAGAUUUGGCUGUGCUCUUGUGGACAAUGGUCAGAUCAACCUGAAGGCCCGUGACUUUGCUAAUGAUUUCAGGCCUAUUGAUGAAAAAUGUGGCUGUUCAACUUGCAGAAAUUACUCACGUGCUUACCUUCACACCAUCGUUACGAAGGAGACGGUUGCUUGCCAUCUUUUAUCCUUGCACAAUGUUGCCUACCAGAUGCGACUGAUGCAAAGUAUUCGAGAUAGCAUUAAGAAAGACUGUUUUGCUGAAUUUGUUGAGGAUUUUAUGGCUGCAUACUACAAGGACCAAGAAUACCCUCAGUGGGUUGUAGAUGCUUUAGCUGCUGUCAAGAUUACUUUAAAAAAGAAUUCCAGUAGUGGUGUGACAAAUAAGGCAUCUGAUAUCUGGGAUGACCAAGAGAGUGACGAAAAGCUGUGGAAUCUCCGAUCAGGCUUUGAUAAGCUCUAUCUCACAGGUUAUAGAAAUGCUAUCCUUGGAGAUUUUGAAGAGGAGGAAGCUGCAGGAAGAAUUGAAGGCUUUGAGACAGCUUUUCAGUCACAGUCUAAGGUGAACCCCACAAUUUAUUUGUCUAGGCUGGAUGGAUUAUUAAUGGCUUGUUUGACUAAAUGCAAGAGUAAUCUUAAUGAAGAGCAAAAAGUGGAAAUUAGACUGAUACAAAAUAUGAUAAAUCAUGCACUUAAGCUUAAUUUUGAACCAAGUAAAUCUAUACUUGAAAAAGUUUUGAAAAGUAAUAAACAGACUGAAACAAGAAAUGAACAGGAGGAAGUCAGAUUAUGUUCUAGUGAGUGUUUUGUGGAUGCCAAAUAUUCCGAAGAUAGCACCAGAGAUCGUUAUAAAUCAAGGGACAGUAAGUGUGGCUGCACACCAGGACAGACAGAUAAUGCAGAAACAUGUUUGAAUGAAAUACUCUCUAGAACCACUGUGUGUGAUAGUGUUGGAUGGAAGAUACCAGAUUUUAUUUUGAAUCAUGAAUGUAUAAUUCAGUGA